GUUCUUAAAACCCCUUCCCAUCUGUAUUUUACCCCCACUCCAAUCGCUCUGUGUUUCUUUGUCUUCUCACUGCAAAUCAGUUUUCCGGCGACUAUUUCAACUUUUCCGGUGAUCACAGAAACAUAAAGGCCUAUAAUGGAGACUCCACUAUCAUCAAGAAGAAUCACAAGAUCACAAGCUAUGAUGGCUCUGGCUGCAGAAAACACCAUACCCAUGUCGUCAAGAGGAGAGAAUGAAGAAUCUCUGAAGUUUGCUCCGAAAUCAAGACAAAAAUCCAACGGUGGAAAACAUCAAGAACGAGAAAAGUCUGCACUGAUUGAUAUAACAAAUGGUUCACCGAUCGUGGGUCUUGCGAUGGGAAGUUUAAAGACUCCAUCGUCAACGUGUUCGAAGAAGAGGAUGAUGAUUCAGAACACCCAAUCGAAACAAGCCACGACUCCUGGAUCUGGAGAGUCUUUAUUAAGAGGCCAAGUGAAAACCCUCCUGCAAAAAGUCGAAGAAGAAGGAGUGAUCUCAAAGAUUUCUUUCGAACACAACCCUUUGAUCCAUAAACGUUUUAUGAACUCUCCGGUUGCUGUUCUUGCUCCAACGCCUGCUAAUACGCCUCAAGUUUAUGACUUUUCAACUAACAACAAUGCUUCUGAAUCCUUUAAUGUUUCUCCAGUUGCUGAAAACUUCAGUUUCUCUCAGAUGCUUAAUGAGAUCAUCAUUGAACCAAAUCAAGAAGAUAAGAGUGAUUCUGAUGAAAAGAUUGUGAUAACAAGAUCAUUGUUCAUGGAUUUCUCCGAGAAAUUCGAGGGUUCUGAUUCACCUGUCCAAGGUUCUGAUGCAUCAGUAUGGUCGGUUCAGGUGAACGCAAGCACGAGCGAAGAGUAUAAAGACGAAGAAGAUGAUGAGGAUUACGAAGAUGGUGAUGAUGUGGUGGUGGAUGAGCUUUGUGAAGGAAUCAGCAAGAUAAGUGUCAACAAUGAUGCUAAAUUCACUGGGAAACACAUAAGGUUUGUGUACAACAGUGACGGGGAACUCGAAGGAGAGAUGGAAUCAUCAUCGUCGUCGUCGUCAACAAAGACUGCAUCUGGGAUCUUGUGCUUGAAGGGUUUGCCAACACCAAAGGGGAAACAUCUGAGGUUUCCAGAAGAGAAUGAGAGUGAAGAAGAAAGAAGUGUCUGAUUGAUGUUUGGGAAUCUUUUGUUAACAUGUUUUGCUUGCUUUUUGGUUGUCUUUCUUGCGACACCAACAAUCCAUUCAAAGUUUUUGGUUUUUUUAAGAUUUGAAGUUGAAUUCGUAUCAUACAUACAUAUAUAUGUUGAUAUCUCUCAAUCUCAAUUUAGUGAAAAGAAGUCUUCAUUUGUCAUC